AUGGGAAGGUCCCCUUGCUGUGAGAAAGCACACACAAACAAAGGUGCAUGGACCAAAGAAGAAGAUGAUCGCCUCAUAGCUUACAUUAGAGCUCACGGUGAAGGCUGCUGGCGCUCUCUCCCCAAAGCCGCCGGCCUUCUCCGCUGCGGCAAGAGCUGCCGUCUCCGCUGGAUCAACUACCUCCGCCCUGACCUCAAACGCGGCAAUUUCACCGAAGAAGAAGAUGAACUCAUCAUCAAACUCCACAGCCUCCUUGGCAACAAGUGGUCUCUCAUAGCUGGAAGAUUGCCGGGGAGAACAGACAAUGAGAUUAAGAAUUACUGGAACACCCACAUAAGAAGGAAGCUUUUGAGCAGAGGAAUCGACCCUGCAACUCACAGGCCUCUCAACGACUCCUCUCACCACAAUCAACUUCAAGAAUCACCUCCCGCCGCCACAAUAUCUUUUGCUCCCAAACAAGAGGAAAAGGACAACGUCUUUGUGGAGGUUAAGGAUUCCAAGAGUCCGACAUCGGAACGCUGCCCCGACUUGAACCUGGAGCUAACCAUUAGUCCUCCCCAUCACCAGGAGGAGGAGGAGGAGGAGGAGGAAGAAGAAGGUGACGAUGAAGAGGAUUUGAAGAGUAUUGGGAGAAGCCUUUGCUUUGCCUGCAGUUUGGGUUUGCAAAACAGCAAAGAUUGUAGCUGCGCCCUCGAUGCCACAACCAGCCAUGCCAACGCUGCUUCUGCCACCGGUUAUGAUUUCUUGGGCUUGAAAACAAACCCUUUGGACUACAGAAGCAUGCAAAUGAAAUUAAAUUAA